GCUGGGGUUCAGGAAGAAAUAAAUACACGAUAUGGGCCCUGAAUUAGGGUUUCUCCGAGCACCCCCAACCCCAACCCAGCAUGCAGAGGCCAUGGUGCAGCCAGGCAGUUGGGCGUCAAGGACUGAUCUGCAUUAAAUGGGCGAGACUCAGGUAUUCAUUGGCCAUCUGGCAAGGGGAGCGAUGAUAGCCGGGGUGGCAUGAGACAGCCGUGAGCUGGCAAACGUCCCCUCCCUGGGAGCCCAGUGGUGUGACCAGGCAAGCCAGCCAGGCUGUGUUUAAGGCAGAAAAAAAUGGGCUUUAUGGGUUGGUGAGAAAAGAGGACCCGCCGAUUCUGAAGAGUGGAGAGGAAAUGCCUGAGUAUUCCUUUAGGAUGGGGAGCAGAUAAUAACAGAAGAGAUUCCCGGGUGAUUGCAAAUAAAGGAACAUUUUAACACGCCAGGAUAGUCAUGUCUGCCUACUACCGGAAUAACGCCUAUGAGGAAGAUCCAGAUGCUGCUGACUAUUCCGGGUCUCAGAACCAUCCUCGGGGAUAUUUGAACACUCCAAACUAUCCAGAACCUCCAGAUCCUCUGAACAACCCAGACUACCCCAGCACCAGGAGGAACCCAUACUCUGCAGACUCCAGAACAGGUCCAGACUAUCCUGGGUCUCUAGCAGAACCAGAUUAUCCUGGAUCUCAGAGGAAUCCAGACUACCCAGGCAACAGGAGCAAUCCCUAUGCUGCAGGCUCCAGAAGUUCAGACUAUCCCGCCUCUUGGGCAGAGCCAGAUUAUCCUGGAUCUCCGCCCAAUCCGUACCACUCAGGCCCAUCCAGAGAGCCAGACGACUCUGCCUCUCAACGCAAUCCUGCUUUCGCAGGUUCCAGGAGCAGUGGAAAUUAUGCAGGCUCCAGAACAAAUCCAGAUUAUCUUGGCUCCCUUGGAGAACCAGACUACCCUGGAGCUCAGGGAAACACUACCUCUCCCGGCCCCAGCACCAAAUUCAACCAGCCAGGCUCCAGAAGGAAUCCAGAAUCUGUAGGUUCCAGAAUCAAUCCGUACAUAGACACUCUGGGACAGCCUGAUUAUCCAGGUGCUGAGAAUCAACCUGAUCCUCCAAACUUUUGGGGGGAACCAGACUAUCCUGAUGCUGAGGACUAUCGCCAUGCUCCAAACUUGUGGGGGGAGCCUGAUUACCCAGGAGCUGAGAAUGGCUCUUCUGAGAAUCCAGAAAUGGACAGGGAAAUGCUCAGCAGAACAUCUUCCAUUCGGCCCUCUUUUCACCGUGGAGGUGACCGCCCCUUGGGCAUCCUUGGGAGAGAAGAUGGAGAUUACCCUGAAAACAUUGAAAUGACAUCCAUGGAGAUGGCAAAUCCAUACAGCCACUCUGUGCCAGGUGCUCCUGACCGUGGCUAUGUGAACCCUGCUUAUAUGGGUGAUGAUGACCGGGGCCAAGCUUACAGAGACCCACCAUUAUCGGGACGUGAUUGGUUCAAGUCUCCCCAAGGACAAAAAUUAAUCGCCUCCCUGAUUCCCAUGACUUCUAGAGACAGAAUUAAAGCCAUCAGGAAUCAGCCAAGGACCAUGGACGAGAAAAGGAACCUUAGGAAAAUGGUUGAAAAAGAGAAAAGCAAGCAGUCCCGUCGUAUCCUGGAGCUCACCUGCUGUGCUCAGUGCCUGAACUCCAUGUCGCUGACAUACCGGAGAGUCAAGAACAGCCUGUCCGAACUCCUCCAUUCCAUCAACCUCUGGCAGAAGACGUUCAAGGUCAUCAGAGGCAAGUUUGGCACCAGCGUCCUCUCCUAUUUCAACUUUCUGAGAUGGCUUUUGAAGUUCAACGUUCUCGCAUUCGUUGUGACCUUCAGUUUCAUCAUAAUCCCUCAGUUAACCGUGGCCCCAAAGAACCACCUCCAAUUCACUGGACUGGAAUUUGUAACUGGGGCGGGUUAUUUUAGCGACACAGUGAUGUACUAUGGCUUUUACACCAAUUCGACCAUCCGGCACGGGGACGGCGGGGCCUCCUACAACAUGCAGCUGGCCUACAUCUUCACCAUCGGAGCGUAUUUGGUCACCUGCUUUUUCAGUUUGCUGUUCAGCAUGGCCAGGUAUUUCCGGAACAACUUCAUAAACCCCCACGUUUACUCCCGAGGGAUUGCUAAACUCAUUUUUUGCUGGGAUUUCACCGUCACGCAUGAAAGUGCUGUAAAGCUGAAACAGAAGAAUCUGAGCACUGAGAUACGGGAGAACCUGUCAGAAAUCCGCCAGGAGAAUGUCAAGUUAACAUUCAAACAGCAGUUGGUCCACUUCUCUGCCCACCUGGCAGCCUGGGUUGUGUCUACGGGAGUGGCCAUUGCCUGCUGUGCGGCUGUUUAUUACCUGGCUGAGAAUAACUCAGAGUUCCUGGCGAACCACAGGGACCCCGGGGCAGUGCUGUUACUGCCUUUCGUUGUGUCCUGCAUCAACUUGGCUGUGCCUCGGUUCUACUCCAUGUUCAGGCUGGUGGAGCGUUAUGAGAUGCCAAGGCACGAAGUCUACAGCCUCCUGAUCCGGAACAUCUUUCUGAAAAUAUCAAUCAUUGGAAUUCUUUGUUACUAUUGGCUGAACAUCGUGGCCUUGGCUGGUGAAGAGUGUUGGGAAACCCUCAUUGGCCAGGAAAUCUACCGGCUCCUUCUGAUGGAUUUUGUGUUCUCUUUAGCUGAUUCCUUGCUGGGGGAGUUCCUGAGGAGAAUCAUUGGGACACGGUUUAUCAGAAGUCUCGGCUUACAGGAGUUUGACAUUGCCAGGAAUGUCCUGGAACUGAUCUACGCACAGACUCUGGUGUGGAUUGGAACCUUCUUCUGCCCUCUGCUGCCCUUUAUCCAAAUGAUUACUCUCUUCAUCAUGUUUUACGUCAAAAAUAUCAGCCUGAUGAUGAACUUCCAGCCUCCGAGCAAAGCCUGGCGGGCCUCACAGAUGAUGACUUUUUUCAUCCUAUUACUCUUCUUCCCGUCCUUAAUCGGGGUCCUGUGCACCCUGGCCAUCACCAUCUGGAGGUUGAAGCCUUCUGCCGGCUGUGGCCCAUUUCGAGGUCUGCCCUUCUUCAUUCAGUCCAUCUACAGCUGGAUCGACACCCUGAGUAAAAGGCCCAGCUACCUGUGGGUCGUUUGGAUCUACCAGAACCUCAUUGGAAGCGUGCACUUCUUCUUCAUCCUCACCCUCAUCGUGUUAAUCAUCACUUACCUUUACUGGCAGAUCACAGAGGGAAGGAAGAUUAUGAUCAGACUGCUCCAUGAACAGAUCAUCAAUGAGGGCAAAGACAAAAUGUUCCUGAUAGAAAAGUUACUCAAGCUGCAGGAUACGGAGAAGAGAGCAAACUCCACCUCAUUCAGGCUGGAAGGGAGAGACUCGGAGCAGUCGGGCUCUCUGCGUGUCAGGGAACACAUCGAUGCUAGAGGUGAGUACCAAGUGACACGGAAGGAGGCAGGAUUCCUCCAGGUGAUAGAUCCCGAAACAGAGGGUCAGAAGUGCCUCUGGAUCAGUUCCGCGUUCAGUUGCAAGAACUGGCCCAAACUGGCUUUAGCCAAAGCCCAAGAAUCAUUCCUGCUUUCAGCAUGGCCAGAGCCGGGGCUCACAGAAUGACACCAGAAUCUGGUUUCUUUCUGCUCAGUUCUCCUUGUCAUUGCCUUUCCCAAAUGGGCUCAUCCUAAUCACUACAAAACAGCUUUAUUAGCUUUUUUUUUUCUUUUUGCCUUUU